AUGCUUUCCUUGAGGACAGCUGCGAGCCGCGCCGCCGGCGUGCGUGCCCUCAGCACCUCUGCCGCGCGCAUGGGCGCCCCCAAGCCCAUCGACGACAGCACCAGCGCUCUCGACUACAAGAUGCACCGUCCCUCCGCGCGCCUGCCGCACCUUGUCCGCGCCCACCCCCGCGCUCCCAGCGCUGAGGAGGCCGUCACCAACAUCCUCUACAACACCCCUCCCCCGUCGCUUGAGCCGUUCAAGCGUCACCUCCUCAACUGUCUUGUCCAGAACGAGCCCGGUGUCCUGUCGCGUGUGUCCGGUAUUCUUGCUGGCCGUGGCUUCAACAUUGACUCGCUUGUCGUCUGUCAGACCGAGAUCCGCGACCUCUCGCGUAUGUCGAUCGUCCUCCGUGGGCAGGACGCCGUUAUCGAGCAGGCGCGCAGGCAGCUCGAGGACCUCGUCCCCGUCUGGGCUGUGCUCGACUACACGAACACGCCCGUUGUUGAGCGUGAGCUUCUUCUCGCGAAGAUCUCGAUCCUCGGCCCUGAGUUCGCCGACGCUCAGCUGAACCCUUCGGCUGGUGAGGAGCUCGCCGCUCGCGAGGAGAACCUCGUCCGCCACUUCGAGGCCAAGGGCUCGAACCCGUCCGGCCUCCCCGAGGGUGUCAAGGAGCCGGAGCUCUACCCGUCGCGCCGCCGUGAGGUGACCGCCUCCGAGGCCCUGAUUGCCAAGAACCUGCACCUCUCGGCCAUCAAGACGCUCGCGGACCAGUUCGGCGGCCGCGUCGUCGACGUCGCUGAGGAGAGCUGCAUCGUUGAGCUCACCGCCAAGAGCUCGCGUGUCGAGUCCUUCCUCGGCCUCAUGCGCCCCUUCGGCGUCCUCGAGGCCUCGCGCUCCGGCGUCAUGGUCCUCCCCCGCACCCCCGUCGCCCGUCUCACCGAGGACGAGGAGGUCGUCGUCCAGACCGACUCCCCCGACAUGUCCUCCCUCCCUCCUGGCUAA